UGUGUAGGUGUGUGUGUUUCCCCCCCAUCUGCACCAACAUGUGGCUGUGGGCGUUGCUCCCCAUCUGCCAGGCUGUCUUUGGCACUCUGGGCAUCUGGACUGUGUUUGCUGUUUCUGUAUCAAAUGGAUCAGUCAACCUCACAGAAGGAUUCCCUUACAUCAGUGAGUGUGGAUCGUACAAACCUCAGAGCUGUCUCUUCUCCCAGAUGUGCAACAUCUGCUCUGUUUUAGCCCUGUGGAUCGUCCUCAUCCGUUUCCAGCAGGUGAAGGACUUUGGUAAUCAUGGAAAGGCCAACAUAGCCGCCGCCAUUAUUCUGGGAUUCAUCUCCUCUGUAGGCAUCUCCAUCAUUGGCAACUUUCAG